UGUGCUGCAGCCUGUGCAGAGUCAAACCACAGAGCAGCAGCAGCAGGUGUGGUUUCACUGCUCUGACUGAGACGUUCAGUGUCUGAGUUCACAUCACGACGUGGGACGAUGGCACCAACAUGUCUUCAGUGUCUGAUCUCUCUGAUCCUUCUGCUGUGCUGCUCCACUCACCAAGCUCGUCUGACGCUGAGUCCCAGCAGCUCUCAGCUGUUCAGGGGACAGUCUGUCUCUCUGAGCUGUGAGGAGGACGACAGCUCAGCUGGAUGGACACUGAAGAGGAACACAACCAAUCGACAGCUGGUUGAUUGUGGAGCUGGGUGGGGGAAACCAGCUGGUUCCUCCUGUACCAUCAGCUACGUCGUCUCAUUGGACAGUGGAGUUUACUGGUGUGAGUCCAGUGAGGGAGAAACCAGUAAGAGCAUCAACAUCACUGUCACUGAUGGACCAGUGAUCCUGCAGAGUCCUGUCCUCCCUGUGAUGGACGGACAUGAUGUCUCUCUGCUCUGUAAAACACACAGCGCUCCCUCCGACCUCCCAGCUGAUUUCUAUAAAGACGGCUCCUUCAUCAGGACCGAGCCCACGGGUCACAUGACCAUCCUCCGUGUUUCCAGGUCUGAUGAAGGCUCCUACAGCUGUAAGGUCAGAGGUCAUGGAGAGUCUCCACCCAGCUGGAUCACUGUCACAGGUGCAGCCUCAGCCCCUGUGACCUCUGCCUCAGCCCCGCCCCUUAGCUCCGCCCCCCUCCAGCUUGUCCUCAGACUGCUCUGCCACCUGGUGGUGUUCUUUCCGUACUUCGUCUCCACCCUCCUCAUGGUGUCUUUAUAUCGACACAGACCCACAGGAAGUGACCUCUGCGUCUCCAUGGCAACAGCACCACCCACCCAGGCUGAGCAGGGUUCGGCUGAGGAUGAUGAUGAGGUUGUGGUGGUCUCCACCCAGCAUCACUUCAGACUCAGAGUCAGUGAGAAGAUGAAAUAAUCAGCUGAUCACAACAUUUACAGCGUCCUGUCAUUUGUUAAGGUUUCAAUAAAGUUUAGUGUGUUUGAAUCCUC